UCCAGCAAUCUCAUUCACAUUCAAGAACCCUCUCUCCCUCUCUCUCUUUCACACAGAAAUGAAGCUUCUGUUUCUGUUCUGCAUUGCUCUACUCUCUGUGGGAAGGAAUGGGUUUCAUGUUAGAGCUCAAGAGAGCUUUGUGAGAACCAGAGGAACACAUUUCAUAUUAAAUGGAUCUCCUUUCUAUGCUAAUGGCUUUAAUGCUUACUGGUUAAUGUACAUGGCCUCAGACCCAUCCCAGAGAAGUAAAGUUACCUCUGCAUUUCAACAAGCUUCAGCCCAUGGCCUCACAAUUGCAAGAUCUUGGGCUUUCAGUGAUGGUGGGUAUGGAGCAUUGCAGUACUCACCUGGUGUUUACAAUGAACAGAUGUUUCAGGGAUUGGACUUUGUGAUUUAUGAGGCCAGAAGGCAUGGAAUUAGGCUGAUAUUCAGCUUGGCUAACAACUAUGAUAGCUUUGGAGGGAAGAAACAAUAUGUACAGUGGGCCAGGAAUCAGGGGCAGAACUUGGAGUCAGAUGAUACCUUCUUUGUGAAUCCUGUAGUUAACAGAUACUAUAAAAACCAUGUUAAGACAAUUCUUACAAGGAGGAACAGCAUGACAGGAAUUGCUUACAAGGAUGACCCAACCAUUUUAGCAUGGGAGCUCAUGAAUGAAGCUAGGUGUCUAAGUGAUAUCUCUGGCAAGACCAUACAGGCAUGGAUCACAGAAAUGGCGGCGUAUGUUAAAUCCAUAGACUCCAAUCACUUACUAGAGGCUGGUCUGGAAGGAUUUUAUGGAGAAUCGUCUCCUCAGAAGCAGCAAUUUAACCCAGGGUUCCAAGUGGGAACAGAUUUCAUUGCAAACAAUCAGAUAUGGGGCAUUGAUUUUGCUACUGUUCAUUCAUACCCUGAUCAAUGGCUAUCAGGGUCAAAUUAUGAAACCCAACUUUCUUUUUUGGGAAGCUGGCUUAACACCCACAUCCAAGACGCAGAAACCAUCCUGAGAAAGCCAUUGCUUCUUGCCGAAUUCGGAAAUUCUUGGAAAGAUCCAGGUUUCAACGAGUAUCAACGAGACAUGUUAUUCAACACAGUUUACAAUAGCAUAUAUGCAUCAGCCAGAAGAGGAGGAGCAACAGUUGGGGGUUUAUUUUGGCAGCUCUUAGCAGAAGGAAUGGACUCGUAUCGUGAUGGUUAUGAAAUUGUUCUCACUCAGAACCCCUCAACUGUAAAUAUAAUUACCCAGCAAUCCCAUAAGCUCACAUACCUUAGUAGGUUGUUUGCGAGGUGGAGGAACAUUGAGAAAUUGAAAAGGGCCAGAUCCAUUAGAAGAGCUCAAUGGCUGGCUAGAACUAGGGGAAAGAAUAGUGGAAACUGAAACCGAAAGAUAAAGAUGUUGGGCACUGACAUAAUUAGCAGAUGGUGGGGUUUGGGCAUCUACGGGUUGGUUUCUAAGGUGUUGUGGUGUGAUUUGGAAAAGGUUUUAAUGUGUCUGGGUUUCUCUUUGCGAUGAAUAUUGUUCAUCCAGGAGAAAAGGUUAGAAGGUGAACUUUACACUAUAAUUAAGAUAUUUAAAGGAGAUUUGAGUUUA